AUGGCCGAAGAUGAUCAAAGGCCUCUCUUGACAUUUGAAGAAGAAGAUGAAUAUGAAAUCCAGAGACAAAAAGUUAGAAAUUUAUGUUCAGAACAUGGCAGUACAAGUCCAAUCAAAGAUGUUAUUAACAUAAGCGGAAGCACUUCCGUGUCACCGACAACUGAAUUCGACAAUAUUGUAGCGAUUUUUGUGGUCGCUUUCGAUACAAGAUCAGGUAAUGUUAUUGAAUGGUGUAUGCCGGAAGAUAUUGACCUUGAUGGGGUGGAGUUCAAGGCCAUGGCUAGUGGGUCACACACACUCAGUAAAGACUUUGUAUACUUCAAGAAGGACGGUGUGUUCGGCCUGGCGUGUUUUGAGAACAUGAAGGUGGAGAGUGAGAUCGAGCGAGGAGCGCGCAUGAAGUCUGUCGGGAUCCUGUCGACGUCGUACACCUCCCUCUACAGACACAUGCUCUUCCUAGAAACACAAGUCAGACAUCAGUUGGAGAUUCCUGGGAACUAUGUGCCGCUGAAAGCAUUUUACGAGGACAAGAAGGGAAUGCUGCCCAUGAAUGGAACUGCUGACAGUCUGACUAUUCCAUCUGUUGCCUCCACCCCCUCUACUCCAAGUCAUGAACUUCUUCCAGAGAUGAAGAUUACCCACCCCGCUGGCUGUUUCAAUCAGUUCAUCAAGUUCUUCUCAACUCAUAUAUUUACUCUUUGGAAGUUUGCUUUGUUACAGAAACGCAUUUUAUUCUUUUCCCCGCCACCUAUUGGGGUUGUCUGUUACAGAGUAUACUGUGCCUGUUGUCUUGGUAACCAUAAUAUCCAAGGGUUAACCAGCUUUGACCUUCGACCACACUUCUACGUGAAUGUGGCAGACAUUGAGUCUUUAGAAAGUGAAAUUGCAUACAUUGCAUGUACGACAGAGAAAAUAUUUGAAUGCAAGACUCAUCUAUUUGAUGUUUACGUUGACAACCAGAUUAUUCACGCACACAGUCCUGCCCUCUGUGGUCUAAUUAAACUCAGCAACGCCGACCACGAAAAGUUUGCCAGACUCAACAACCAAAGGUCAGCACAUUUAUUUUCCAUGGAAGAACUUGGCUACAGUCAGCAAGCGAUUGAUGAGGAAGAGUUUUUCACAAAUUUCUUCACGGAGCUGAAUGAUCGCUUAUUCCAAACACUCCUGGAUAUUUCGUGUUCUCAAGAUCGCCAGCUGACCUCGGACCACAUGAAAAGCAUGGGCCUUGACCCCAUCGGUGACCGCAGCUUUCUCAUGGAGCUUGUCGAGCACUACGGAAUAGAUGUCGUUCUCAUGGUCGAUAAUCCAUGCUGUCCCAAAUAGUUGUGAUGUGCAUCCAGUCGAACAUGCAGUAACCACACAGAGCCACACCUAGUGCAAAAUAGCAUGGGGCAGCUUAAAAGGCAUAAAUCAGGUGUAAGUUCAGUUAACCGCUUGUCACUAACGUUUGCUAGACUGACUUUUACACUACACAGUAAAUUGAUUUCUUUUCAACUAUCUUCAAACAAAUGCAUAUUCCCCUAAAGAUAGUAGUCUUUGAUUCCAACAUCUCAACAGCCAAUGGGAUGGCCUAAAAUUCUUCUACUGGGUACUCCUUGUUCUGGUCAUGCAAUAAACUCUUAAUUAAAUCAAGAGAAAAGGACAGAUUGCUCAGAUUAAGACAGAGCAAAAACGGAAAGACUUCCGCAUCACAACAGCGAGGGAAAAAGAAGGAAAUUACAGUCGCGUGACUAGAACAGGAAGGAGUACACAAUAGAAGAAUUUUAGGCCAUCCCAUCGGCUGUUGGAAUGUUCAAACCAGACUACUAUCCUUAGGGGAAUAUGCAUUUGUUUGAGUACAAGUGAAGUAUUCUUAAAAAAGAAAACACCUUAAGUUUUCUACAAUUACCACUUUUGGAACCAAUCAAAUAGUUUGCGAACGUUAGCAAUACGUUUGCUACCUGAACUUGGGGCAGGUCUUCUGACUGUACAGAAGUCAAGGUGAUAAACAUUGUGCCAUGAAAUAUAUAUGCCCAAUAUACAAUGUAUAUAUAUGUGUCCUAAAUAAUCACGCCGAAAUUAAAUAGAAAUGUGCCAACCUCGAAACAUUUCACUCAAAACCAUUGAAAUGUUCAGCUUUAAUUAGAUAACAUAACUUGAACUGCAUUUUUGAAUAUCUACAACUCUUUUUAACAAAUGUUAAUAACAUUACUGUGUGAAAAAAACAAAACCUUGAGUGCUCAGAAUACAAUUUUUUUUAUUUUGUUGCACCUAAAUUAUUGAGAUCUAAAGCUUGGCUUUAAUAUAGGGAUUUCUCCAGCUAUAUAAAAAGGGGAUGUUUUUUUUUGUAUUCACUCCCUCCCCUCCCUGCUAGGUUAGGCCCAGUCAUCUGUUUAAGGGAGUGUCUCAUAACAACCUUUUACAAUAGGGAGUAGCUCAGAACAGGACUCGUGCUUAUAAAACUUUUAGAGUGUUAGACUCGAUUCUCUAAUCAUGUACGGCUGUGUAGGGCAUGAUCAUGACAUUAAUUUCUCAGACUCUUAUUCGAGUCUUUCAGUCAGAUUCUACACGUUUUAUAAAUGUGGAGCCAGGUCAUUUAUGUACUGUAUAUAAUACACAAUGUAUUACGGUGGUCUGUUAAUACAGUUAGCUACUUCAGGGGACAAUAUUUUCUGCAAACUGUCAUUUUUUUCUGCAUGUGGGUGACAUGGGUGGCGUAGCACAGGCAGGGCCACUGGGAUGGUUGCCCUGGAUGCAAAAUUCUGGACUGGGGAAGGGACUCGGGAAGUGCUAAUGGUCCACUGGUUAGGGGGCACAAUACUUGCCUUGCCCCGGGCGCUGGCAACCCACGCUAUGCUGCUGGGUGACACAACUUUAAAUUCAUGUGAACUACCAAUUAGUUACAUGGUGAACCACUGUGCAUUCUAAAAUUAAAAGUUACAAACAACAUCAGAACUGAUUGGCAUGCAAAUACUAUUAAAUAAAUGUAUCCUAACUAAAGAUUCGUGUUACCUAGUACAUAAAAAAUAAUUUAAACCAAGAUCCAUUGCCUAAGAUUUUAAAGUAGUGUACCAUGCUACUUGGUUUAAACAAUAUUAUCACCACCAUAUUAUCGGUUUUGGGAUCCGGCUCUAUUCUUCUACUUUAACUUAUUUUCAUGCUUAUAUCCAUUUAAGGUUCAAGCAUGUUGUCCUGGGCACACAUCUCAGCUAUUUGGGUUGUCUGUAUAGGACCGUGGGUUAGUUGUUAGUGAGAGAGAAGAGGGUGUGGUGGUCUUGCACCUACCCACUGAGUCGUUAAAACUCGUUCUGGGUGGGAGCCGGUACCGGGCUGCGAACCCUGUACCUACCAGCCUUAUGUCUAAUGGCUUAACAACAACACCACCGAGGCUGGUAUGCCAAUGUUAAGACCUCUCCCUAAAUGUUUACAAUGUCAAUACAAAGUGUUUUAUUUACGGCCUAGAUGACAAAAGUACUUGAGCCGUUUUGGCUGUAGUUUAUUUUGUAAUGAGAUGAAAAUCAUGAUGGUAAUAUUUCUGGAAUUCCACAUUUUAGCAGUGCCCCAAAACUGUUCUUGUUCUUUUACGGUAAUCCUACUUUUCAGGACUAAAGUUUUUAGGAUUUUCCAUGUCCACGGAUAUUUUUUAUCACUGGGAGUGUUUGAUUGUGACUUUGAAAUUCACUGAAAACUAUUCUUAAAAUUUCACCUUUCAAACUAAAUUAAAACAAAAGCCCUAGAUUGGUAGGUUAAAAUUUAUCCACCAUUGUUUUGGAGCACUGCAUAUUUUGCAUAUAACACUGAAUGGAUAUAAUUAUUGAUAACUUGUCCAUAAUAACUCGUCUAAGAAUUGUUGUGCUUUAAAGUUAUGAUUUAUAAACUUUUGAAGGGACAUAUCCUAGUUUCAACCUGUGAAGCUUAACACUAAGUUUAGUUAAUCUACAAACCUGUGACACAUUUGGAUAAAGUUACAAUUGAGUGACACAUGAGUCUGUGACUUUGA